AUGAAGUUCAAGAGACAAAAGGACGGCCAGGCGGGGAAAGAAUCCAGUAUCGACAACCCCAACAUCGACGUCUCCGCAGACAUCCCAUUGACCAUGACAUUCACGCCAAGCACACCCAACGACCCCUCAGGAGGCCCUCCGAUGGUAUUCCCUCCAGCAGAAGGUCCUAUCUACCCCGCACAGCUCCACCCUUACUCCACACCCACACCCACUCGUCCCUCCUUAAUCAACCCCUUCAGCAACAGCAACAGCAGUAGUCCCACCAGCACCAAGUGCGGACACAUUCCCAACCAAGAUACCCGCAACAGGAGCUACUCGACCGCUUCUAGUCACCCAACGUCGACCAUGAUCGAGAUCGAGCGGAUUCUCAAGCAGGACGAGGCCAUCGAGAGGGACUUUACGCCGCCCAGACAGGCCAUGAAUAGCGACGAGGAGGACUUUGACUGGGACGAAGAUAUCAACAUUGAUGACCAUGGCCAGGUCCAGAAUCGAAAGAAAGACAGGUCACGAUCCAAGUGGAGACGACUCUCGCCUUUCUUGCGCAUGCUCAUCCUCAUGCUGCUCGUUGCGCCGAUUGUCGCACUCCCUGCCAUCUUGACCAGGAUAUUCUUGAAGGUCGUCGAUAAGCCCGAUGAGCCUGACGGUUCAGACGCCAUGAACCAAUAUGACACGGAGAAGAUCCGCAGAGACUCCAUUGUGCUCGUCUUUACCUGGCUGGCAGUUAUGUGGUGCGUCGUCUGUGUCACCAACUGGGGCGUCGACAUCAUCCCUGUUGUCAUUGUCCGUCUGACAUCCCUUGUCGCCAGCAACAAACUCGAGACUGUCAAGUCGCGCCUGUUGAUCUUCGUCGGCACCAAGAAGUACCUGAAGUGGCUCUUUGCUUCCUGUUGGGCCACCGGUUCCUUUGCUAUCCUCUCUACCAUCAUCCAUCCUAUCAUCAAGCAAAAGGCGAGUUGGCAGCCUAUUCUCAUCAAAGUCCUCUGCGCGUUCGUCGCUGGUUUCGGCCUAAUUUUUGUCGAGAAGGUCCUCCUCCAGAUCAUCUCGAAAAAUUUCCACCAGACUGCCUAUGCUGAACGUAUCAAGGAAAACAAGUACGCGCUCCAAGUUCUCGACCGCCUGGGAACAUCCAAGAAGAUCAACAAAAAGAUCCGGCCUACCCACAGCAGGAACAGCACUGCUGAGAAUGGAGACUUUGCCAUGGCCUUUGGUGCAGGAUACCGCUCACGCCAAGCUUCUCGCUCUCACAGUCUUGACAACGGCAACGGCGAUGCUGUCCACUUGACCGAACCUUCCUCUAUCACCACCACACCCCUCUCCACCCCAACGGAGUACUCAGGCCGCGCAUCGAUGGGGAUUGCUCCUCAGCAGCGCAAGAAUCAACGCGACAGCAAGGGCGUCAAACCCAACGACAUCUUCAAGGGCAUCAACCGAACUCUCCAAGGAAUUGCCAUGGCUGACAACAUACCCACCAAGGACAUCAACUCGACCCACAACGCCAAGCGACUGGCCAAGACGCUCUUCUACAACUUGCAAGGCAACGGCGACGAGCUGGUGGUUCAGGACUUUUACCCCUACUUUGACACCGAGGAGGCUUCUCAGGAGGCGUUUUCGAUUUUCGACAAGGACGGCAACGGCGACAUCUCGAAGCGGGAAAUCAAGGAGAAGAUCUUUUAUAUUUACAAGGAGCGCAAGGAUCUACACACGUCCCUGAGGGAUCUCUCACAGGCCGUCGGCAAGUUGGACAUUAUCUUUUUGACCAUUGUCACUGUGGUCUGGCUGUUGAUCAUCCUAUCAAUCUUUGGUACCAGUGUCGUCCAGAACAUGCUCUCCAUCGGUUCCUUCCUCGUCGCCCUCAGUUUUGUCUUUGGAAACUCGCUCAAAACCCUCUUCGAGAACAUUGUCUUCUUGUUCAUCACCCACCCUUACGACUCGGGUGAUUUGUGCAACAUUGACGGUAACGACAUGUAUGUUCGUGAAGUGGGCCUCAACAGCACCAUGUUUGUCACCUGGGACGGAAAGCGCAUGUACUAUCCCAACAACGUCCUCAGCCAGAAGCCCAUCCAUAACGUCCGUCGCUCACCCAACAUGUCCGAGAAGAUUGUUCUCAAUGUCGACUGUUACACGCCGCAGAACAAGAUUUUGGAGCUCCGUGCCAGGAUGCGAGACUAUUUGGCGAAGGAGAGCAAGGAGUUCUUGCCCGAUAUGGAGAUCCAGAUUCAAGAGAUGGACGUCAAGCUCAAGAUCAGCAUGGUCAUCGAGCACAAGGGCAACUGGCAAGAUUCGGGCCGUCGCUGGGCCCGGAGAACCAAGUUCAACUUCGCGUUGAAGGAAGCAGUGGAGGACAUUGGCAUCAAGUACUUCGCCUUGCCUCAGCGCUUGGAAGUUGUGACCCGCGAGAUGCACGAAUCGACGGCGGGCCAUACCGACAAUGAUACACUUGGCUCCAACUCGCCCAUGAAAAAUUAUUCUCCUGAUGAGGUUGCGCGUCUCUACAAGCGGAAAACCAUCAGCCGCCCACAGGGCGAGUAA